GCCAGGUUACCCUAUUUUUGUUUUAUUUACAUUUACCAGUUGCAGUAUAAUCAAAUAUAAAGUAUUUUAGUAGUCCUACCGCAAUAUUUAAUAAUUCUGAUCAUGUUUAAAUCAACUAAUAACAUUUUAGAUAGUCUGAAAGUGCUUUCGACGGAGGCUCGAGAGCUCUACUUGAGGGACUCGGUACCCGAGAUAGAGCCGCCCGUAGCACCGCUGCAGUUCUGCCGGGACUGGGUGGGGCCUAACCAGCCUGUGCUCGUCAAGGGAGGCAUAAAGCAUUGGCCCGCUGUCAAUAAGUGGUGCCCUGCGUACUUGCAGCAAGUAUUGGGCCAAAAGCCCGUAACGGUGGCUGUUACUCCGAAUGGUUAUGCAGACGCUGUGGCUGUGAAACGUGAUGGUAACUGCGAGAAGGAGUUCUUCGUCAUGCCCGAAGAGCGGACAGUAACGAUCGACAAAUUCUUUCGUGCUCUGGACGACCACGAGGAAUACCCAGGAGUGUUCUACGUCCAGAAGCAGAACUCCAACCUCUCGGACGACUUCCCCGAGCUUCUGGGGGACUGCGAGACGCAUGUGCCGUGGGCCUCCGACGCGUUUGGUUGCAUGCCAGAUGCCGUUAACUUGUGGAUUGGUGACGGGCGAGCGAUAACAUCGAUGCACAAAGAUCCGUACGAGAAUAUAUAUUGUGUUGUUUCGGGAUGCAAACACUUCAUCUUGCUACCUCCAACGGAUCGUCCUUGGAUUCCAUACAAGCGCUUUCCUACUGCAGUGUACAAGGAAAAAGCUAGAGGACAUUUCGACAUAGUUCCUACUUCUGAAGAGAAUGCAGAAGUUCGUACAGAAGGAAGCAUUGAAGACAUAGCGGAACAUUCAAGUGGUCUGUCGUGCAGCUCUGAAGAGCCGGGUAGUCUCGGCUCGUUUGUUCCGUGGAUCUGCAUUGACCCUCUGCAGCCCGACCUGGAGAGUUACCCUCUGUACAAGAACGCCAGUCCUGUGAAAGUAUCCGUGGAGGCGGGAGACGCCCUGUAUUUGCCAUCGCUUUGGUACCACCACGUCCAGCAGUCUCACGGAUGCAUCGCAGUGAACUUCUGGUACAACAUGCAGUUCGAUGUGAAAUAUGCUUACCACCAGAUGCUAGAAGCAUUAUCGAGCAAGUGCUUAUCAAGUUAAUAGUGUAAGGGAAAAAAAUUGUAUAGGAUCAAAUAAAACUUUUGUCGUAAAA